AUGUUUGUUUGCUUUUCGUGCAAAAAAAAUUACUCUGAUUGCUUAAAGCUUAUUAACCACAUCCGAAAGUUUUGUCCCUCCGACAGAGGUUAUUAUUGUGGUCAGGCAAAAUGUUUGCGGCACUACGGCACCCUUCGCAGUCUCAGAAAGCAUUUACAAAAAGCUCAUAAAGUGAAUACCGAGAGAAGUGAUCCCGAUACCACUAGUUUUCCAGAUUUAAGUGUCGAUAUUGUCAAUAAUGAUUUACAUUUACCUUUCUCUUCACCUUCCUCUCCACAAGAAAGUGUUGUUCUGGCUUUUGAUUUUCUUCAAACUCAAAUAUCCCUGUUCUUGUCCUCUCUUUAUGGAAAUGUGUUAAUACCCAGGAAUGUGGUCCAGCUAGUUGUAGACGAACUGCAUAAUAUAUUGUCGAUUGAUCUCGAGGAGGCAAUUUUCAUGAAGUUGAAAGAACUGUUGUCUCCGGACAUUUACCACCAGGUGGCAAGCCUUGUUAAACCAUCGGACCUUCUUAUUCCCGAUUCCUUGCAAAGUUUUGCGUCGGAUUUUCGGCGCCUCGGUUACUACCAACAAGUAGGGACUCUUGUCCAAUCCACUGAAGUCACCAUUGGCGAAAGGUUGGAGGGAAAGCGAACGAUUUUCGGAUUUUCAACAGUCCCUGUUAAGUGCACAAUGCAGGUUGUAGAGUUAGGUACAGUGUUAAAAAAUUUUUUCUCUUUACCCAACGUUCUCAAGGAGACGUUAGAUUACCAGGUUCUAAUGAAUCAGACCAGUGGUGAAUCAGGCAUUAAGAAUAUUGUUCAAGGUUCUGUUUGGACAUCAAUGAGAAAGACGUUCAAAAACGAGGUAGGCUUGCAUUUUCCAAUUGUUAUAUACUGGGACGAUUUCGAAAUUGGGAACCCAUUAGGAGCCCAAGCCGGUGUUCAUAAGCUGGGUGCAGUUUAUGCAUCGUUACCUUUUCUGCCUCCACACUUUGUAAGUAAUUUAAAAAACAUAUUUCUUUUUGCUCUGUUUCAUUCAUCCGAUAGGGUUAAAUUCGGUAAUGCUGUUAUUUUUAGUAAGGUCAUUGAUUGCUUAAAUGACCUUUCUAAAAAUGGCAUCAUCGUUGAAACAGAGACGUACAAUGGUGUGAUAAAAUUUCACUUGUGUGCUUUCGUUGGAGAUAACUUGGCUCUAUCCGGAAUUCUUGGUUUCACAGAAUCGUUCUCUUCCAAAUAUCCUUGUAGGAUAUGUCGUAUAGAUAAAGACGGCCUUCAAAAAUUAAUGAGGGAAGAUGUUAACUUGUUGAGAAACAUGGACUCUUAUGCAUCUGAUGUCGCAAUAUGUGAUUUGUCUAAGACGGGUAUAAAGGAGAAAUGUUGUUUGUUAGAAGUCGAGGGGUUUAACAUUUUCGAAAAUGUGUCCACUGAUAUUUUGCAUGAUUGA